UAUGGCGGCGCCGUGGCGCUGGCGCGGGGGCCGCCGCUGAGGGAGCCGCGUCUCUUCCGCGUCAUGGGGCCGCGGCGCGGCCGGAGCCUCUGAGCGGCGGCGGCGGAGCAGCACCGAGCCCGAGUCCGGGGCGGCCAUGCAGCCCCCGGCCCGCGAGCAGGACACGCGCACCAAGAGCAUGUUCGUGUCGCGGGCGCUGGAGAAGAUCCUGGCCGAGAAGGAGGCGAAGCGGCCCCCGCACGGGCAGCUGCGCAGGGCCUGCCAGGUGGCGCUGGAUGAAAUAAAAACAGAGCUGGAAAAGCAAAGAGAAGGCACUGCCACUCCACCAAAAGCAAACUUCAUUGAAGCAGAUAAGUAUUUCCUUCCGUUUGAGCUGGCCUGCCAGUCAAAGUCUCCACGCAUUGUCAGUACUUCACUGGAUUGCUUACAGAAACUCAUUGCGUAUGGACAUAUCACUGGCAAUGCUCCAGACAGUGGAGCUCCUGGAAAACGACUGAUUGACCGAAUAGUUGAAACAAUUUGUAAUUGCUUUCAGGGUCCUCAAACAGAUGAAGGAGUACAAUUGCAAAUAAUUAAGGCUCUCCUUACUGCAGUAACAUCUCCAUAUAUAGAAAUUCAUGAAGGAACAAUUCUGCAGACUGUUAGAACCUGUUACAACAUCUAUCUGGCCAGUAAAAAUCUCAUUAAUCAGACGACUGCCAAAGCUACCCUUACACAGAUGCUAAAUGUCAUUUUUACACGGAUGGAAAAUCAAGCUAUACAAGAAGCCAGAGAAGCAGAAAAAACAAACCAACAGAAAUCCCAGUCUCCUGCGAUUCAAAUGGUGACAAGGUCUCCAAAGCUUGGUCACUUAAAGCACAGCUGUCAGGAAAGCAAACCUACUGCUCCUGUAAGCAUAGAAUUAACUAAUGGUGAGCCUGAGAGGACAGAAAAUGGAGACCUGAAGUCAGAACAAGAUCGUAUUCCUUCACUAUCAGAGGAAACAAGUGAUGGAGGAAAGGAAAUGGUUAAAGGCAUCUUGGAAGAUGUGGUCAAAUCAGCUGUGGAAGUGGCUGAAGAAAAGCAUUUAAUAGAAACAGUUGAGGCUCUACCUGCAUUAGAGACUGCAGAUACUGCUUUUUCUGGCUCUAAUAAUGAAAAUGUACAAACAAAUGGGAUUCCAGAUGACAGACAGUCUGUUUCCUCCACUGAUAACUUGGAAACAGAUGUACCUGGACAUCAAGCUGCUGCCAAAUUUUCCCAUGUUCUUCAAAAGGAUGCCUUCCUUGUGUUCAGGUCCCUGUGUAAACUUUCAAUGAAACCGCUUGGUGAUGGACCACCAGAUCCAAAAUCCCAUGAAUUGCGUUCUAAGAUAGUGUCUCUCCAGCUUCUUCUCUCAGUAUUGCAGAAUGCUGGUCCAGUUUUCAGGACACAUGAAAUGUUCAUCAAUGCAAUCAAGCAAUAUCUUUGUGUAGCAUUAUCUAAAAAUGGAGUCUCUUCUGUUCCUGAUGUAUUUGAGCUCUCUCUAGCCAUUUUUCUCACACUGCUGUCAAAUUUUAAGACCCACUUAAAAAUGCAGAUUGAGGUGUUCUUCAAAGAGAUCUUCCUAAAUAUUCUAGAGACCUCUUCAAGCUCUUUUGAACAUAAAUGGAUGGUGAUUCAGACUUUAACUAGAAUUUGUGCAGAUGCCCAGUGCGUGGUGGAUAUUUAUGUUAACUAUGACUGUGAUUUAAAUGCUGCUAAUAUAUUUGAACGCCUUGUAAAUGAUUUGUCUAAAAUCGCACAGGGACGAAGUGGACAUGAGUUGGGAAUUACACCUUUACAAGAAUUAAGCCUGAGGAAAAAAGGACUUGAAUGUUUGGUUUCUAUUUUAAAAUGUAUGGUAGAAUGGAGCAAAGACCUCUACGUGAACCCCAAUCAUCAGACUACCUUAGGUUCAUAUAAACCAUCUGAACAGGAAAUGAGUGAAGGUAAAUGCCUUGACAGUGGAGGAAGACGAAGUAGUGUAAGUUCCUUGGAUUCUACUGUAUCAUCAGGAGUUGGAAGUGUUGGUACCCAGACUGCUGUCCCGGAUGACCCUGAGCAGUUUGAAGUCAUCAAGCAACAAAAAGAAAUAAUUGAACAUGGGAUAGAAUUGUUUAACAAAAAACCAAAGAGAGGAAUACAGUAUCUACAGGAGCAGGGAAUGCUUGGCACUACAGUAGAGGACAUCGCACAAUUUCUGCACCAGGAAGAACGCCUCUGUUCUACUCAAGUAGGGGAAUUUCUUGGAGAAAGCAACAAGUUUAACAAGGAAGUGAUGUAUGCAUAUGUAGACCAACUUGACUUCUGUGGGAAAGACUUUGUUUCUGCUCUACGUAUAUUUCUGGAAGGUUUCCGGCUGCCAGGUGAAGCCCAGAAGAUUGAUAGAUUAAUGGAGAAGUUUGCUGCUAGAUAUAUUGAAUGCAACCAACGGCAAACACUAUUUGCUAGUGCUGACACUGCCUACGUUCUGGCAUACUCUAUUAUAAUGCUGACUACAGACUUGCACAGUCCACAGGUAAAGAAUAAAAUGACAAAGGAGCAAUACAUUAAAAUGAAUCGAGGAAUCAAUGACAGUAAAGAUCUGCCAGUAGAGUAUUUAUCUGCCAUCUAUGAAGAAAUAGAAGGAAAGAAAAUUGCAAUGAAAGAGACAAAAGAAUAUGCAAUUACAAGCAAGUGUAGUAAGCCAAAUGUAGCUAACGAGAAGCAGCGGAGAUUGUUGUACAACUUGGAGAUGGAGCAGAUGGCUAAAACAGCUAAAGCCCUCAUGGAGGCAGUAAGCCAUGCAAAGGCUCCUUUUACUAGUGCCACUCAUCUGGAUCAUGUCAGACCCAUGUUUAAGCUUGUAUGGACUCCAUUGCUGGCAGCUUACAGCGUUGGUUUGCAGAACUGUGAUGACACAGAAGUUGCAUCUCUUUGUUUGGAAGGAAUACGAUGUGCAAUUAGAAUAGCCUGUAUCUUUGGAAUGCAGCUUGAACGAGAUGCUUAUGUACAGGCGCUUGCUCGUUUUUCCUUGUUGACCGCCAGUUCUAGCAUUACAGAAAUGAAACAGAAGAACAUAGACACCAUUAAGACGCUUAUUACAGUUGCUCACACAGAUGGCAACUAUCUUGGGAACUCUUGGCAUGAGAUCUUGAAAUGUAUUAGCCAGCUGGAACUAGCACAACUUAUAGGAACUGGAGUGAAAACUCGGUAUUUAUCUGGCUCUGGGCGUGAAAGAGAAGGAAGCAUUAAAGGCUAUUCAUCUGGAGGGGAAGAAUUUAUGGGCCUGGGAUUAGGUAACCUAGUUGGAAGUGGAACUGAUAAACGGCAUAUGGCAAGCAUUCAGGAGUCUGUGGGAGAGACCAGCUCACAGAGUGUGGUGGUAGCAGUAGACAGGAUAUUUACAGGCUCAACUAGGUUGGAUGGAAAUGCAAUAGUUGACUUUGUCCGAUGGCUAUGUGCUGUUUCCAUGGAUGAGUUGGCUUCCCCACACCAUCCACGUAUGUUCAGCCUGCAGAAGAUAGUGGAGAUAUCAUAUUACAAUAUGAAUCGCAUUAGGCUACAGUGGUCAAGGAUAUGGCAGGUGAUUGGAGAUCACUUCAAUAAGGUUGGAUGUAACCCCAAUGAAGACGUUGCCAUCUUUGCAGUAGAUUCAUUAAGGCAGCUGUCAAUGAAGUUUCUUGAGAAGGGAGAACUAGCCAACUUCCGUUUUCAGAAAGACUUCUUAAGGCCUUUCGAGCAUAUUAUGAAGAAAAACAGAUCUCCAACUAUUCGGGACAUGGUAAUACGCUGUAUUGCUCAGAUGGUGAACUCUCAAGCUGGUAAUAUUCGCUCUGGCUGGAAGAAUAUCUUCGCAGUUUUUCACCAAGCAGCUUCAGACCAUGAUGGGAAUAUUGUGGAGUUGGCCUUUCAAACUACAGCACAUAUAGUUACAAAUAUUUUUCAACAGCACUUUCCAGCAGCAAUUGAUUCAUUCCAGGAUGCAGUAAAAUGCCUUUCUGAAUUUGCCUGUAAUGUAGCAUUUCCGGACACAAGCAUGGAAGCUAUUAGACUUAUUCGUUACUGUGCAAAAUAUGUUUCAGAAAGACCACAGGUAUUAAGAGAAUACACAAGUGAUGACAUGAAUGUUGCUCCUGGGGACAGAGUGUGGGUCAGAGGAUGGUUCCCUAUUUUAUUUGAACUUUCUUGCAUCAUCAAUCGUUGUAAAUUAGAUGUUCGAACAAGAGGCUUAACAGUGAUGUUUGAAAUAAUGAAGAGUUACGGCCAUACUUUCGAAAAGCACUGGUGGCAAGAUCUGUUCAGAAUUGUGUUUCGAAUUUUUGAUAAUAUGAAAUUGCCUGAACAACAAACAGAGAAAUCUGAAUGGAUGACAACUACAUGCAACCAUGCACUUUAUGCAAUCUGUGAUGUAUUUACGCAAUUUUAUGAAGCUUUAAAUGAGAUCCUUCUUCCUGACAUAUUUGCACAGUUACACUGGUGUGUAAAACAAGAUAAUGAACAGUUGGCUCGAUCAGGUACGAACUGUCUGGAAAACCUGGUAAUACUAAAUGGACAGAAAUUCAGUCCUGAAGUCUGGGGCCAAACAUGCAACUGUAUGCUAGAAAUCUUCAAAACUACCAUUCCUCAUGUAUUGCUUACAUGGAGGCCUGCAGGAAUGGAGGAGGAUUCAGCUGAAAAACACUUGGAUGUGGACCUAGAUCAUCAGUCUCUAAGCAGCAUGGAUAAAAAUGCUUCGGAAAGAGGACAGAGUCAAUUUUCAAAUCCUACAGAUGAGAGCUGGAAAGGUGGUCCUUAUACAAACCAGAAACUAUUUGCUGGCCUUCUUAUAAAGUGUGUGGUACAACUGGAAUUGAUACAAACCAUUGAUAAUAUAGUAUUUUAUCCAGCAACAAGCAAGAAGGAAGAUGCUGAGCACAUGGCUGCAGCUCAGAGAGAUGCACUGGAUGCAGAUAUCCACAUUGACACAGAAGACCAAGGAAUGUAUAAAUAUAUGUCUUCACAUCACCUCUUUAAGUUACUAGAUUGUUUGCAAGAGUCUCAUUCAUUUUCGAAAGCCUUUAAUUCAAAUUAUGAACAGCGAACAGUCUUGUGGAGAGCAGGGUUCAAGGGUAAAUCAAAACCUAAUCUCUUAAAACAAGAGACCAGCAGCUUGGCUUGUUGCUUGAGAAUACUCUUUCGAAUGUAUAUUGAUGAAAACCGCCGAGACUCCUGGGAUGCUGUGCAACAACGGCUGCUCAGUGUAUGCAGUGAAGCCCUGGCAUAUUUUAUUACGGUGAACUCGGAAAGCCACAGAGAGGCUUGGACCAAUCUACUGCUGUUGCUUUUAACAAAAACACUAAAAAUCAGUGAUGAAAAGUUUAGGGCACAUGCUUCAACAUAUUAUCCAUAUUUGUGUGAAAUCAUGCAAUUUGACCUGAUUCCUGAGCUUCGAGCUGUGCUACGGAAGUUCUUCCUGCGUAUAGGUGUUGUGUUCAAAAUCUGCAUAACAGAGGAGCAGAUACGGACAACUGGGACAAAAUUACCUCCAUGGUAGCUGAAAGUAGAGUUAGUUACUGCUGCUUGUACAUAAAGUGACGUUCUACAGAUGGAUUAAAGUGGAUGGCAGAGGGGAAAAAUGGGACCCUGGUAAAUCAACAGAGCAGCAAGUUACUUUUACCAUAAUGGCAAUUUGGGGGGAGGAAAAAAAAAUUGUUCUGUCCAUCCUACAAAAUUAUCAGCAGUCUAUUUUAUUUAAAUUGUUGCUUAUGGAGCUAAUACAGUAAAAGUAAAGUCUAUUUGUUUCAAUGCUAGUCAUACUUAUGAUCAAGUCCGUCUCUUCUUAUCUUUUAAAAAAAUUGUUCAGUCUUGCCUCCCAGCUAAAUCUUAAUCAGCUGGAAAUUACUCCUUAAUAGAAAUUAUGCCCCGUGCAAAUUAAUAUAGUUGUAUAGCCUUGCAAUGUUAGCACAUGUGUUCAAAAUAAACUAUACUGCAGUGCUAAUGACCACCUAAGAUCAUUCUGUUUUUUCUUUGUAUGCACCUGACUAGACCAGAUAGUGUAUUUAGUUUGUUGUAGACGACCUGUAGGAUGUCCCAGUUGGGAAAAGGGUUUUCGUCCUGUUUAGCAAGUCAUUUAAAAACACUUUUUUUAAUAGCAGUACUUCAUAUUCUGAAAUGUGCUUUUGUUUUUAUGGAAGGUUUUACAUCAGGAAUACUCAGUAGUAUUUACUCUGUUUAGGUCAUUAGUCUUGCAUUAAUUGAAAGCAUUAAAAAUUGAACACUUUUAAACUUUCCAUUGACUUUCAUACAUUGCUGGAUCAUGGACCAAGCAUCUAAAGUAAUACAAUAAAUGGGGUUUUGACAAUAACACCUUCUUUACCCUGGGCUAUAAUAUUCAGUAGUAAUUCUGUCUGUUUAACAAGUAACCUAUCCUUAAUACAUAUCAGGGUUGUGUCUCUUUUUAGUGCAGAUCUGAAAGUGCUGAUUGUCUUUCUUUUUCUUUUUUUUCUUUUUUUUUUCCCCUUUAUGUCUCACUUGUAGUUCCUAUUAUGAUCUGGAAAGAAAACUGAACUCUCACUGGAGUGCUCUAUCAAAUUUCAACUUAAGCUCAUACAUGUACUGUAACAGUUUCCAAUACACUUCUGUGCUUGGAAGUACCUAUAAAACAAAUGUGGCUUAACAUUACAGCUUGGUUUGCCCUAUGAUUUUUUUUUUUUUUUUUUUUAAGAAAGACUUCAGUUUUCUGUGGUAAUAUGAUACCAAUUUUAACUGAAGUACUGCAGAGCUGAGUUCUGUCCUCUGACCAAUUUUAAUUGCAAGUUGAGCUUUCUCUAAGCAAAGCAUGGCAGAUAGGAGGGUAGGUGCCACUUCAUGAAAUACAGUAAUAUAUUCAGCACUAUGCUAACUAUAUCAGGAACCCUGAAGUAUAACAGUAUUUUAAAAUAAAGAAUGGUAUUAAUGGUAUUUUUCAUUAGAAGUUGAGUUUCCUGGUGGGGCAGCCAUAGUUGAAGUAGUGUUGGGAUAUUCCCCUUUCAGAGCUGUUGAGUAUGGGUGUUUGCUUUAAGCUUUCUUCAAAGGUUCAAAUGCUGCUCUUUCAGUAAGCCAAUUUUUCCUACUUAAGCAGUGUUUGGGAGUGUUUUUGCAGAACACUACUGGUAAGGUUUUCACAUUAUAUAUAUUUUUUUUUUUAACCAAAGAAAAGUAAAUGGCAGUUGUAGCUUUUUAAUAUUUAAAUGCCUGUUAAAUGUAUACAUUAACGUUUAGAAAAAAGGAAUACGUGGCUAUAUUUUUACCUUAAGGAAAGACUGAAAAAUUAGUAAUGCCUAUAUUCACCUUGCUGCAUUUGAAAUGUCCUUUUGUGUUGCAUUUAGUGUAGCUGUUCACUCCCUUGUAAUGUCAUUUCAUCAAUUACAGUAAAAAUGAAGUAUUUAUUUUGAUACUAUUUAAAUAUUUAAAUGAACUAUUCUUUCUUCCUGUCCUAGAUAGUCCUAAAUAAAGUAUUUGAAACUUUAUUUGAAACUUUGUUUUUCAGAUUUUGAAUGUGUCACAGCCUCAUUGAAUGUACACCCUUUGGUCCUGUCAAAACACAGUUUUUCUAAGUUGCAUGCUUUCUCUGUAUAUUUCAGUUUUGAAAGCCUUACAACUUGUCUUGGAAAUAGUCUCUUAAUUUUCAGAUCUUAAAUUAUUUUACACAUGCAUCAUAGGCUUUAUUAAGUAAAGCUUUUAUUUAUACCAUCUGUAAACUGCUGAAAUUAGGUACAUGACAUCAGAACCAUUCUAGAUUUAUGCUGUGGUGCAUGAAGGAGAUAGGGACUGGAAUGCAAUAGGAUUACAACAGCCUUAAUCCUGUCAUAGUUUUGUGGAAUUGACUGUACACAUAAAGCAAUAAGAAUGUGUUAAGUGUAAUAUCUGGAACAGUUGUGUUUACAUCAGCUGUUUAGUUUCCCUUAUACACUCAGAAAGAGCAUAAUCCGUAGACAUUUUAAUGAAGCUAAUAAUGCUGAGCCAAAACUCCUGAAGCAAUCACUGCUGGUUCUGAUCUUCUACUGGACUGCUGAUGCUGACUGUAGCUGCCUCUGGUAGUUUUAUUGGCUUCAGUGGAUCUGUAUGAAUGAGAACAGCAUUCUUUGUCAGCAUAUCCUGGAAGAGAUCAAGGCCUCUAUGUGCAAUACAUGGAGAAACUAUUAAAAAAUAGCUUUUAGAGAUUUCAAAUGGUGUUAUGCUACAAAUCAUAGCUAAAUCAGCUUAUAAUUUAAUGGUAUAAAUGGAGAGACUCUCCAUGGUAUUUUACUACUACUUACUGUGCAGCCCUCUAUGAAAUAGAGGAGGCAGGAUGCUAAUGAACCCUAAAAAACCCCUUUCCAAGAAAGAACAUAACUUUUGAAACAAAGGUUUUGUUACCUGUAUGUCUCAUAUCUUGCUGUGUUAACAGAACAGUUAAAAUGGCUUUCAGUAAUACAACCAAACACCCCUGAAUAUACAGCUCAGUCUUACAGUAAUUUUAAGAAUUAGAAAAACUUACAGUACCUUUACUCUGAAGUAAAACUAAGCUCUUUUCUCAUCAAAAAUGCAGCCUUCUGUAAUAUGUAAAUUGUUUGUUCUGCGCCUUUAAUGUUAUUUUUGUGCAAAAUGUAUGUUUUUAAAUAUUUUAAAUGGCUAUGGUUUUUUUGAGAUCUCCACAUUAAAUGCAUUUAAUAUCAAUAACUUGAAAGAGCAUUCCCUUGUCCAACGGAUGUAUACACUUUUGAGAGAAUAGUGACUUCUCUGGAAGGCUAUGUAAAGUUUUCUACAUUUAAAAAAAUGUAUAUUAUUACUAAAAUACUCCAUGCUUUAAUCAAGUGGUAAAUCAAUAAAGUUUUCCAAAGCGCA